AUGCCCACCCUCGCUGUGUCUACAUACAUCCCAAAGGAUGUGCCUCUCCCGCCAGCACCUUCAUCUAGUUUCUUCUCAGAAUUGCAGUGGAAGACUCUAUAUGCAUUGGCCGACGCAGUCGUGUCCUCCAUCCAUACUGCGGGCUCUGCCAAGUCAUCGAACGAGAGAGUGAUAACAGAUGCAGAAUGGGAUUCCGCAGUGUCGCGCUUGUCUAGGCUCAUUCCUGGACCCGACGCUGCAAACAUUGCCGCGCAGUACUUGCAUGAGGAUGUUUCAGCAAACCCGCAAUUCCGGGCCAUAGUGGAACGAGUCCUGGGCAACUAUGUGCAUGGCGAAGGAAGGAAUGGAUUUGGAUUGAUCAUGACUGCACUUAACACCCGCGCAGGCUCGCUGCUUAUGACGGGCUCGAUCACCCCGAUUCAGGACCAGCCGGUGGAAUUUCGGGAAAAGGUUCUGCAUGGAUGGGAAAACUCUCGAUUGCCCCCUCUCCGCGCCAUCUACCGAGGACUCACGACGAUUGUCAAGAAGUCUUGGAUCAUGAGCAGUCCGACUAUAAACUCAGUGCUGGGGUUCCCACGUGUCCCUGUUCAUGGCAAGCCGAUCGACAGUUUCCAGUAUGAAUUUUUGCAGUUGCCUCCAGGGGACCAGCCAGAGACGAUUGAAACCGACGUCGUUAUUGUAGGUAGUGGCUGUGGUGGUAGCGUGGCUGCGAAGAAUCUAGCAGAAGCGGGCCACCGUGUACUGGUUGUGGAAAAGUCCUACUCCUAUUCAUCCAACACAUUUCCUAUGAAACCGGAUGGGGGUUUUGUCAACAUGUUUGAGAACGGCGGUGCUAUUGUCAGCGAUGAUGGCUCGAUGGCAGUCCUAGCAGGCUCAACAUGGGGCGGUGGUGGCACCGUCAAUUGGUCAGCCUCUUUACAGACACAGGCCUACGUCCGACAGGAAUGGGCCGAUACUGGUCUGCCUUUCUUUACCUCCCUUGCCUUCCAGAAGAGUUUGGAUCGCGUCUGUGAUCAUAUGGGUGUCAACGAGGAGCAUGUUGAGCAUAACCGCCAGAAUCAAGUCAUCCUUGAAGGCGCACGGAAACUUGGCUAUGCUGUCAAAACAGUACCUCAAAACACAGGCAACGGCGAGCACUAUUGUGGUUAUUGCACGAUGGGAUGCUCCGGGGGGAAGAAGGGUCCAACAGAGUCAUAUCUUGCCGAUUCUGCUCGGGCCGGCGCCAUUUUCAUGGAGGGAUUCUGUGCCGAGAAAGUGCUUUUCACCAGAGUCAAUGGCAAAAAGGUUGCUUGUGGCGUGCGGGGAAUUUGGAAGUCGCGAGACUCAUAUUUGGGCCUCAAUGGUCCAGGUCUUGUGGAGCGGAAGGUGAUCAUCAAGGCUAAGAAGGUAAUUGUAUCCGCUGGCACUUUGCAAAGUCCUCUUCUUCUCCUACGGAGUGGGUUGAAGAACUCACAUAUUGGCCGAAAUCUGUAUCUUCAUCCUGUUCUGGGUUGUAUGGCUCUCUUUGACGAAGAGACAUACCCCUGGGAAGGCUCUGCACUGACAACGGCUGUCACCGAGUUUGAGGAUCUCGAUGGACAUGGGCAUGGCGCAAAGAUCGAGUCAGUUUCAAUGCUGCCCCCCGUAGUUAUGCCCAUGUUCCCCUGGCGGGAUGCAUUGGACUACAAGUUGUGGGCGGCCAACUUUAGGCAUAGCACAAGCUUCAUCCCCCUGCUCAAAGAUCGCGAUCCUGGCCGUGUGUACCCCGAUCCUGUGGAUGGACGCUGCCGGGUUGAUUAUAAGAUUUCUGCUUUUGAUAGUAAAAAUCUCGUGGAGGCCCUGGUUGCUACCGCCAAGAUUGCAUAUAUCGCAGGUGCGAAAGAGUUCCGUACCACCUAUCGAGACCUUCCUCCAUUUAUCCGGCCUGAUACCUCAGACCCUGAGGCACCCGAAGGCGUCAAUGAUGCGGCCUUACAGAGUUGGAUCGCAGAGCUUCGUCGAAAGUCCCCCUUGGACCCAGAGCGUGGCAUGUUUGCGAGUGCCCACCAGAUGGGUACCUGCCGCAUGAGCAAAUCACCCAAGCUAGGCGUAGUGAGCCCGGAUUGUCACGUCUGGGGCGCUGAUGGCUUGUAUGUUAUGGAUGCGUCGGUGUUCCCUAGCGCUAGCGGCGUGAACCCCAUGAUUACCAACAUGGCAAUCGCCGACUGGGCCAGCCAGAACAUUGCGCAGGCAAUGGGCAAUCCACGGAGGGAGGGCACCAUGAUGGCCCGUCUGUGA